GAGUGUAUUGUUCUUAGCACUGCGCAACACUCAACUUUUGUUAAUUGUAAAGAGUGUGUGGGGCAAGCAUCACAUUUUAAAAAGCUAGUCAAGAAACCACAGCAGGCAUCCAAAAAACCCCAAAAAAUCACUCUCUUUUCAGCAGCUUUCACCUUGCUGCCUUCAGAGAUGCUCCCAGCCUUUGACAGAUCACAGGGGCAGGCAACCGGAUAUUUUCUCAGUAAACAAAACUCAGAACCCCAAAGACAAAUGGAGACAAUUUGCUGAUCAGCGGAAAUACCACAACCAGGGCAAUAGGAAUGCAAGCAAUGGAUCACAUUUUCCCAUUGUCUCACGCAGGGGUUAUCUGGCUGGAGGAACUGUGCCAGUUUGGGUUCACAAGUGGGUGGGCAUGGUUACGUUCAGAGAGUUUGGUGGGAGGUGAAAGAAAACCCAGCUGGUUUCUUGGUGAUGAGCUCGUCACUAGAUGAAGAUCUGACUUCAUCUUCCCUGGAAUUAUCCCAUGAAGGCAGACUCUUCCUUCUGGUGUUGGGUCUUCUCUUCCUUGAGCACCUUGUGCAUCAUCUCUCUGGGUCAUGCCCCACUUUCCCUAAGACUGUGUUCCCUGCUCUGUUUCCCCAUGUUCCUACAGCAACCAGUCAGGGAUAUGCAUCCCCCCAUCCCUACUGUCCAUGUGAGGUGACAACAGAGCAUGUCCCAAGGGGCCAAGGACCACACGUGCCCUGCAGCAGUGGACCUGGCUCUGAACAGCAAUGGUGCCAGAACGUCUCACUGAGGGGUCUGCCUGCCACAGGGCUUGGUCAACUUCUCCUGUCUGAUCCAACACUCCUGGCAGAGCAGCCAUGGUGGUCCAGGUUGAAUGGGAGAAGCCUCAGGACCAGGUGCUGCAGACUGGACAGCUCCCAAGGGUUGCUCCCCACAGCUGCAGCAGCAAGGGGCUGGAUUGCUGGUGUGGAGUGAUGGUUUCCUGAAGAGGAGCUGCUGCUGCUGCUGCUGAACCUCUGCCAGGAUCCCCCACACAUCUGGUUUCUCCUAUCAGAGUGCUGCCAGGGAGCAACUGCGUUUCCUGGUUUGCAGCACAAGCUUGCCAACCAGUGAUGCUUUGUGCUGGAUACCCAAACUCAUCCUCCUCACCAAACCUCAGCCCAUCCAAGGCUCCAGCCUCCCCAUCAAGGUGCGUCCAACGGGACCAGUGACCUUCUUGGGCUUUUCAACAUUUCCUACAGGUUCUUCUCAUUUCAGUGAAGCAGGUGGCUACAGAGAAAUGUCUUUGGAAAGGUUAUGUCUGCUGGAGAAAGCCAGAGCUCAGGAAUAGCUGUGCAAAAACAACACUCAGCACUGCAACACUCAGCGCUGUGGUUUCACACAUUAUUGGCUGCCUCUGUCCCAACACAUUUGGGAACAGUAUUAAAUGAUGACUUGUCAUGUAAUUUAGUUUCGCAUGUAGUGACUUCCCCCAGAUGUGUCAAAUUUAGAGGAAACUCUAAAGAGCUCUGGAAAAUGCUGGUGAGUGUGGUGGGGCUAAGGCAAAGCAUGAGGACUUUGGGGAGCUGGUGCUGCUCCCCACUGUGGCCUUGUGGCCCCCAGCUGUCUGGGGUAUUACUGGGAAUUUUCAAAUGGCUUUCUGCCUGUAGCAAACUUGCCAUGGUAGAAACAGUAUGCAGGAGCUUGAUGUCAGACCAUAUGCCUGAGAGGAGGCCAGGCUUGGACUUUCCAAAGAUUAUGGCAAUUUUAAGAUAAAAAGAAAUAAAAUCAGGCACUUAGCAGAGGCCCCAGGAUGUGUGUGGGCUUCGUCCUCUGCACAGCAGAGCUGCAAGCCCGAGAGACCGGGUCCAAAGCUCAGUGAUGGUGAGGAGACCCUCGCUGGGGACACAACUAAUGUAUCCCCAGCACUGUUUGGGUUACCUUGCUGCCACUGGGAGGACACUCCUGAGGAGACUGGAAAACCUUGGUAAGUUGAGCAGCAAGGCAGCCCUUGGAUGGUCAGGGUGUGUGGGUAGCCCUCAGAGUAGGGGCACACAGGGGGAGGGACUCCAGCAGCUUGUCUCUCCUCUAGAAGGCAGAAGGGGGACUGACCUCAGAGCUGACAGCCUCUUCCAAAAGGAUGAGCCCUACCCCUCACUGAAGAGGUGUGACAGUCCUGGCAAGCUGAAGGGUUACAUGAUUCCAAAGCACCAGCCGGGGCCUCAGCCCCGAGCCAUCCUCUACCCUGUUACUCAAUUGCUGCCCACAGAGACCCUGGAACCAUCCCACACUUGAGAUUAGGAUGUUAAAUUUAGGAGCUCAGUGACAUGCUAAGGUCAAACCCUGAUUCAGUUGCAGAAGUGUUUGUGCUUUGUUAUCAGCAUUUGCAGUUGCAGCUCACAGCACCUUAACCACACAGGGCAGGAUGCGGGAGAGAAGGCAGAUAGCAAAAGCAGAUGCUGGACUCCAUCCUGCAAUGCUCUAAGCAGCCCCAAAAGGCAAUGUGUACCCUCCUCGCCUGGGGCUGCUAGCAAGCAGGACCUGUUCAGCACCCCCCUGCCUUGGUAGGAUCCAAACCUCUAUUGACUGUGUGCCCAUCUGAUAAGAACAUCUCCUCUAGCAGACCACUUUCAAAACAUCUCUACGUGAUGGUUGAUAAAGCCUUCAAACCAGUGUUCCAGCCCUCCUCAACACAUUCUUGCAGCUCCCCUCUUCUGCAUCCCAACAAAUUCCCAAAUUUAUUCUUUUUACAUGGAGAAAAUGAAGUCUGUCCCCCAUUGCAAGCAAUGACAACCGCCUGGUAUUUACUGUAUAUUACUUUAGCAGUGUUACAUAUACUCAUGAAUGUUGGAAUCCUGAAGAGCUGGGGGGCAAGACUUAGCCUCCCUGAAGCCAGUUCAAGAGGGGUCUGGCUGUAGAGGGGACAUGAGUUUCUCGAAGAUGCGUGGCAGUAAUGCUGGGAGAUCAGAAGCUGGCAGGAGUAUCUGGCAUUCCCAACAGCCCUUUUCAUGCCUAGGUGCAUAGAUACAGGUAACAGGGAUAAGUGGGGCAGGGUGUAAGAUGGCUUGUGCCCUUGGGUACAGGGUGAACAUAGCAGUUUAAAAAAACCCACCAGGGAAUAUUUUGGAGUGAUUCAAGGGCAAAUAUGAAUAUAUCUCUGUUUCUCGUAGAAGAGUAGGAAAAAGCAUGGAAGUGCAACAGAGAAGAAAGCCUAAGCAACUUUUUUGUUGUUGUUUUUGUGGGAGAUGGUAGUGAACAAACCUACCCACUACGAAGAGCUUUUUCCAGGAAGUGUAGGUUGCUGUACCCUGUAUCCCCUGAGCAGCAGGCGCUCUCAGAGCAGUUCUCAUGCUACUUGCAAGUAGCGCAUUUGGAGGAGCCCCAGCAACGUGCACGGAGGAUGAAUGAACCCUAUGGCCCUGAGACACCCCGUCCCAUCAGCAGCACUUCUCCGGGCAUCAUGAAAAUGUUCAUGGGCUUCCUCACUGUAUUUAUUGUAGUGCAGACCAUUGGGACCGUGCUCUUCUGUUUGUAUCUUCACAUGAAGAUGGAUAAGAUGGAAGAGGUGUUGAGCUUAAAUGAAGAUUACAUCUUCCUAAAGAAAGUACAGAAAUGUCAGACAGCAGAAGGUCAGAAGUCGACAUUACUGGACUGUGAAAAGAUUAUAAAGGGAUUCCAGAACAUCCAGUGCAAGGACAGACCCCUCAAGGAGCAGCCGAAGUUUGAAAUGCAGAGAGGCCCUGAGCACCACGAGCAUCCCCAUUUGACACACAAGAAUGAAACAUCUGUGGCAGCAGAGAAGAGGGAGCCAAUUGCAGUUCAUCUGGCAGGUCAGCAGAGCAACAAGGCAGGCUCAGUGCUGGAGUGGAAGGAGACCAUGUACGGCCCCACAAACAGCUUGAUAUCCAACAAGGAGGGGAAACUGAAGGUGGAGGAAGCAGGACUCUACUACAUCUACUCCCAAGUCAGCUUCUGCACCAGGGAGUCUUUGGCACCCUUCACCAUCUAUAUUUAUUUGCAUAUCCCCAAGGAAGAGGACCGUCUCUUACUGAAAGGACAAAAGACACAGAGCACCUUGAAGUCCCUCUGUGAACUCCAGUCCAUCCGUGUGGGAGGUGUCUUCAACCUCCGGGAAGAUGACAUGGUCUUUGUCAAUGUGACAGACUCCACAAAAGUGAAGUACAGCCACGGCAACACCUACUUUGGCAUCUUCAAGCUGUAGUGAGGAAAGGGCUGCUCUGAGCUGGGAAUCUAGCCCAACUUUUUUGAGCAAAGUGCCUUUCCCUUUUUCCCUUAUUUAUGUUCCUCUGCCUUUCUGUUUCUCUUGUUUCUUAAUUUGUAUAUUUUGUUAUUUAUUAAUGAGGGCCAAGGGGCC